AUGUUUUCGUCCUUAAAUAAUGCAUCUCAUGGCUGUGAAUUUUGUCGGUUCUCAAAGCAAACUCGGUUGCCUUUUAGCUCAUCGGUCACUCAAACAAGUAGACCUUUUGAGCUUGUUCACUCGGAUUUAUGGGGACCAGCUGCAUUAGAAUCACAUGAUGGUUUCAAAUAUUUUGUCAUUUUUGUUGAUGAUUAUUCUCGAGCAACUCGGUUGUAUUUGUUGAAAUCAAAGGGUGAAGUUUUAAGAACUGAUAACGGCACCAAAUUUGUAAAUAGCUCUAUGACUCAGUACUUGAGCUUUUAUGGUAUCAUGCAUCAAACAAGUUGUGUUGGAACCCCCCAACAAAAUGGAAUAGCCGAAAGGAAGAAUCAUGAUCUUCUUGAAGAAACAAGAUUGAUUUAUCUCAUUUACGGGUCUUCGGUUGUGUGUGUUAUGUUCAUGUUCAAGCUUCAAAACAUGACAAACUUGAUUCUCGAGCUGUUAAGUGUGCUUUUAUUGGUUAUUCCACAACUCAAAAGGACUUCAGAGAAAAAUCCUCAGGGGGAACAAUUAUCUGAUAGUAUUCCAUUACCAUUGAUAGAAACAGAUUUAUUUCCUUGUUCAUCAAAUGAUAUUCCAGAUGAGAAUUUUUUUCCUGAGCAUAAUGAUGAGCAUAGGGCUGAAAGUCCUAAUGGUGUUCAAACUGAAAUAAAUGAUUACCACCUGUGGUGGAAAACGUCUCAAAGUACCCCCCAAAGUGCAAAAAACUGUCUCACGUUACCCUUUCCAUCAGUUUUUUUGAAGUUCCGUUACGAACAUUACUGUUCAUCUCCCCCAAAAUUCCAGAACAGCAGCUCCUCCCAUUUGUUACUAUUCAUCGCACCAGUUUUUGGGCUGCCAUCGCCUCCUCCGGCCACCCCAAGCGACGACAUGGAUAUCAAAAGAACCAGCACGUUGUCCUCUACCACCCUCACAUCUCAGCCGCUGCCAACCGUCGUCUGGAUCACCGGAAAAAGCAAGAAAUUGGCCGGUUUUGACCCAAAAUCUCCAUUGCUCGUUCGGGUGAUUCCGAGCACCAUUUUCUUCGAUCCAGGUAUGAUUUUUCAACCUCUCGAGUUGUUCUUGCUACUAGUUGUGUUGGUUAGGAGAAAUUUCUAA